AUGGAAUGGACCUGUACCUUGGCCGGAAACCCAGCAGUCACGAACCUCUUAAGUCUCAAAAGUUUCCUGCCAACCAAAGUCAACAAGUCCACAACCAAGACAAUUGUUGCACAGAAGCUGAAGACGAAUCUGCCGGAGAAGGUCGACUCUGAUUCUGUUCCCACAGCAGAAAGCUUAGGUCGAGGUUCAUACCAAAAGUACAACCAAAACCAGGUGAACAAGCUCUUCUUCUUGGUUUUCUUGGAAAACCAGACUGCUGCUGCUGCUGCCAGGGAAAUGGGCAUCAAUGUCCGGACUGCCCAGAACUAUGUCAGGCUGGCCAGAGAGAAGAUCCACACCGAUUUUGAUGCUGCCACGGUGGAGACUGAUGAGUCCAAUGGGCUGGAGAUGAUGGAGGUUGAGGAGUUUUUCGAAAAUAAACCAGAUGCUACCUUGGAACAAGCAAGGAUAGCUGUCAUGGAAGAGUUCUCUGGGCUGCAGAUUACCACAUCAGCAAUCCAGAAGCACUUGGUGAAGAAGUGUGCCCUGACGUUGAAGAAGUUGGAGAAGCUGCCCAAGAAGAGAGAUGACAGAACUUUUGGCCAUUCUGUCAGUGGCACUACGGCCAAGACAACUGUCUGGACGCAGAGAGGUGUGUCCAUCACUAUCCUUGGUGCAAUGUGCGAGAGAGGGAUUGUUAGCCUCUUGUUGAAGAAACCUACUGCAGUCACAACUAAGAAGAAGAGAAAGUUGGACAUCUACACCAACGUUGAGGUGAAUGGCAGAAUUGGUACCAGGACCCAACACUAUCUCGACUUUCUUAGUCAUACAAUGGACGUUCUGGACAGCCAGGGUAUGCAAGAAUGUUAUCUCAUCAUGGAUAAUGCUCCUAUCCAUAAGGCCAAUAAGGUGAAAGACUUUAUUUCUUCUCUUGGGUACAAGUGUGCAUAUCUUCCUGUGUAUUCACUUUUCCUGAAUCCAAUUGAGGAAAUGUGGUCCAAAAUCAUGUUUGGUGUCUGCAGAGAAGAGAUUACAGAGUCAGACGGGCUCAUCUUAAAAAUUACAGAAUCAGCUAAGACUGUCACCCUUUUAGACUGUUUGGGUUGGAUUAACCAUGCCAUUUCAUUCUUUCCUCGCUGUUUGAACAGAGAGCAAAAGCUUUAA